UGUCGAUCGGUUCCCGGAGUUGUCUCCCGAAGAUCGGGACGAAUACAUGUGUAGUAUAUGUCAGGAGAUAUUCAACACUCCGGUCACCACAACCUGUUGUUUACAGUUAUUUUGCGAGGAAUGUAUCACUAAAUGGCUUACGACUAACACUACAUGUCCUUAUGAUAGGAAACCACUGACCCGGAGUGGUCUAUCUAAGCCACCAAGACUAGUGACAAACACUUUGGGUCGCUUUAAGAUACGGUGCGACUACUGGGCUCACGGGUGCCAGGAUGUGGUCAAACUCGAUGACCUGACUAAGCAUACAGUCGACUGUCGCUAUAAGGAUGCCAAGUGUCCAAAAUGUCAAUGCGAUCGAACGUCAGGGCACGACUGCAUUGUUGCACUACUCGCUGAAAGCAACCAGUUCAAAAAGAAAUAUUCUGGUGAAUUGGCAGUUUAUAAGGCGUUUAUAAACAAGGCAAAAGUAGAGAUCGAGGCGUUAAAACAGGCAUUAAAGCGGGCAAACGAUGCGUUGAAAAAUGCACAUGCUACCAAUAAUACUGAUGACGAGGUUCAUAUACCCGAUCACGAGCUAUUGGUCGUGUGUAGGCGACAAUUGUCGACACCGGAGUUCUUAACCAACACUAUGGACACUGAGAUGACCGCCAAAACGCUGGCCAUAAUUAGGGCACAGGUGACGAAACAAAAAAACCUGUUUAACGUAUGCAAACAAAUUGCAAAUGAUAUGGACGAGGAAUUUGGCACCAGUUGGCACUGUUUGGCCGAUCGUGGUAAAGCCGGCGUCGCUUAUUAUACGCCCGAUCGGUCCACAUUUAUGAGGGUCAAAAUCGCGUCAAUCACGUUGAUAUUAUUCCGUACGGUGACGUCCCGUCUCGAUAGUCAAAUAAUUGACGAUGAUGAUAUAGAUAUAGUGCAGGAUGAUAUGAAACCGAUAAUCCUUGAGAUGGUACGGGAGAUCACGUGUGAGGCAAUUGAAAGUGCGGACACUCUCGACGAAAUCGCUAAAAAUAUUAAGAAUAAAAUGAAAUCUAGAUAUUAUCUCUACGAUUGGCAGUGUUUUGUUGGAUUGCGCAAUAGUAUUGGGCGCCACGUGACAUACCAACCAAAUUCAUUUAUUAGUUACGAUUUGGAUGAGCUUAGGGUCGUUUUAUUCCAAGCC